CUGAACACGAGAUUUUGAGAAUCAAUCAAAUCAAAGCAAACAACAAAAAACUCAUCGAUUAAUGCGAUAAACAAAUUAAGAAGCAAUGAAUGACUCAUUCUUAACGGAAUCUCCACUCAUGAGGAAUGAGACCAUUGAAAACAUGACAGAAGAUCCACUUCUUUACACUUUAGUGGAGGGCAUUGUAGCGAUCGGUGCUUUCAUAGGCAACCUAUUGGUAGUGAUUGUGUUCAUACAAGACAAACGGUUACGAAAAGUGACAAACUUUUACAUAAUUAGUUUAGCCAUCGCUGACUUGUUAGUCGGACUCAUAGGCAUUCCGUCGGCAAUACUCACCCGAAUAGGUAUCCCUCAGGACUCAUUCAAUGUAUGUCUGGGUAUGCUAUCACUUCUGGUGGUUCUGUGUACCAUAUCUAUACUGAAUCUAUUGGCGGUCUCAUUGGACCGGUACUGGGCUAUACUCCAUCCAUUAGAUUAUCACAGGAGGAUAUCAGAGACGACAGCAAUGUUUAUAAUAAUCUCGUGUUGGAUUGUGGGCGCAGUCAUCGGCUUUUUACCCAUUUUGUGGAAUAAUGGUCUCGAUAUGUAUAAGAGUUUGGACAACAAAUGUCUGUUCAUUCCUGUAAUGGACUAUAAUUUUCUAGUCUUUCUCUACUUCUCAACCAUUGUAUUACCGGCUCUAAUGAUGGCAUUCUUUUACGGACGCAUAUAUUUAGUUGUUAUGAAGCAAUUGAGUUACAAAAAAUCAGAGAAAGACUUUCUCUACUUCUCAACCAUUGUAUUACCGGCUCUAAUGAUGGCAUUCUUUUACGGACGCAUAUAUUUAGUUGUUAUGAAGCAAUUGAGUUACAAAAAAGUUCUUCAAGUGUCAAGCGGUCACUAUAGCCAGAGGUCGGGCCCCAGUAGUCGACAAUGUAGUGACAGACGUAAGAAUCGUUUCGAGACGAGUUCGUUGGACUCAUCCAUAAACAGUCCGACAGACAUAGCGGGUGUAUCGCCAGUGCUUCCAAAGUCGCGAUCGUUGGCUACACUCAAGAGUCUGAACCAUAACUGCAGCCAAUGUGUAGUCAAACCAAUUAAACUGAGUUAUAGUAAACGAGAGGUGAAAAAGGCUCAGAAGCUCUUCAUAAUAGUCGUGUUCUUCAUGUUUUGUUGGAUUCCGUUAUACACUCUCAACACAAUUCACGCCUUUUGCGAGGAGUGUCAGGUGUCCAAAAACGUAGUCGACCUCAUGAUCAUACUGUCCCAUCUCAAUAGUGUCGGCUCACCCUUUCUGUACGCUUUUCACAUGAAGGACUUUCGUGAAGCGUUACGGCGACUGUUGUGUGAGUGUGCGAUACGUCAGCGACACUUCCGAGACCUCCGAAGACAGGAGCUCUUCAGCAUUAGUCUGAACCCAAACCACAGAAGAGUUCCCAAUAAUACUCUGGAAAUGUGUGAAAAUACACCCGAAAUGACACCACAAUUAUCGCCUAAUCAGUCGCUGAAUAAGAUCUCAACAUUUAAUUAA